AUGGGAAGACUUUCACGCAUUGAAGUUGACAACUUCAAGUCUUACAAAGGUCACCAGAUAAUUGGUCCUUUUCAUGACUUUACCUCUGUCAUUGGCCCCAACGGUUCAGGAAAAUCCAACCUCAUGGAUGCCAUUUCCUUUGUUCUCGGUGUCCAUUCUUCGCAUUUACGAUCGCAGAAUUUGAAGGAUAUGAUUUACCGCUCCAGCGCCUUGAAAUCCAAUGAACAAGGCGCCGCUUCAUCAUCCACGGAAACCAGUCGAUCGCCUCGUCGUGCUUCUGUCAUGGCCGUUUACCAGGACGAUGACGGUAGAGAAAUCAAGUUUAUGCGUGUGGUUCAGCAAAAUGGAUCAUCGGAAUAUCGUAUCAACAAUCGCGUCGUGCCUUAUUUAAAGUACAAUGAAGAACUGGAAAAGCAGAAUAUCUUGGUCAAAGCUAAGAACUUUCUGGUGUUCCAAGGCGAUGUCGAAUCCGUGGCCAGCCAAAACCCCAAAGAUUUGACCCAUCUCAUCGAACAAAUUAGCGGGUCAUGGGAGCACAAGGAGGAAUACGAUCGUCUCAAACUGGAACAGGAACGCGCCAUCGAAAACAGUGCGCAUGCUUUCAAUAAGAAACGCGGUGUGACGGCGGAAAUCAAGCAAUAUCAAGAGCAAAAAGCCGAAGCCGAGAAAUUCGAAACUCUAGUACGUGAACGUCGCGAACUGGUCGUACAGUAUCUGUUGUGGAAAUUGUUCCAUGUUGACCAAAAAACCGCCGCUUUGCACGAAGAACGUCAAGCCAAAACAGCUCAGGAACAAGCCGCUAAACAUGAAGAGCUCGCUUUGAAAAUGAAAAUCGACAAUGCUUGGAAGGAAAAGGCUCAGAUUCAUCUUCAAGUUGGAAGAAAGGAACUUCAACUCAAAAAAUUGAAUAAUCAGUUGGACGACCAGCGACCAAUUAUGAUCAAUCUCGAAGAAAAGAUCAGCCAUCUUCAAAAGAAACUUGCCAAAACACAGCAGACUGGUAAUCGCUUGAAACGUGAUCAAGAACAACAGCAAGCUGUGGUGGAUGGUUUGAACAAAGAUUUGGAAACCCUGAACAUGACAGAGCACAGCUACAAUGCGUCCAUUCCGGAACCUGCAUCCGUCAGCGGUCCUUCCUUGACACCCGAUCAACUGGCAGAAUACGAGCAACUGAAACAACAAGUGAGUGUGCGUGCGGUGGACGAACAACAGCAGCUUUCGGAUUUGCAACGAAAGUAUAAGCUGGCGCAUCAGAACCUCGAAUAUCAAGAAUCCAAGCUUCACGAAUAUCAGAACAACGAAGCCCAGCUUUUGCAUGAUGGACGACAGUUGGAAGAAACUAUUCACGAUCUCAAAGCCGAAGGACAACAAAUGACGGAACAACUUGAAGCUCGUAAAAGCGAAUUGGCCUCGCUCGAACAAGAUCGUAAAACGAAACAUCAGCGUGAAGUGAAAUUGAAUGAAGAUCUUCAAGAAGUGUUGAACAAGCUACUGAAAAUCAAGGCCGAUCAACAAGAGACCGCCAAAGAAAGCAAAUUCAAAGAAAGUUUGGUCAUGAUGAAGCAGAUCUAUCCAGGUGUGCAUGGCAAACUGGUGGAUCUAUGUAGACCCAUUCAGCGAAAGUAUGAUAUUGCGGUUUCUACCGUGCUCGGUAGACAUAUGGAUUCCAUUGUGGUAGAAGAUCAAAAAACCGCCAUUGAAUGUAUUCAGUAUAUGCGAGAACAGCGUGUGGGGACAGCUACUUUCCUACCCAUCACAGGUCUCAAAACAUCCAGCAUCAAUGACCGUCUUCGCAACUACGUCCGAGGAGCUCGUCUCGCAUUCGAUGUCAUCAACUAUGACAAACACUAUGAAAAUGUCAUGCAGUUUGUGUGUGGCAAUACUUUGAUUUGCGACAACUUGCAGAUCGCCAAACAAAUCUGCUUCGAAAAGAAGGAAGACCUAAAGACGGUGACCUUAGAUGGAACGGUCAUCCAUCGUAACGGCUUAAUGACCGGUGGUCAAAGCGGAUCUGACGAAGGAAGACGAUGGCAAGAGAGAGACGUCGAAGGAUUGAUGCGUACGCGUGAUAAACUCUUGAGUGAAUUGAACGAGCUCAGUAAAAGUAAGCGCAUGGGCAGUGCCGAAGAAAUCGCGAGAAGCGACUGUGCAGGUUUGGAAAGUCGCAUUUCCGUGCUUCAGGACGAGACUACCACCAAUAGCCGAAAGCUGGAAGGCAUGGAAGGAUCGUUGCAGGAUGUACGAAGCAAGAUUGCAGAAGUCCAAGCGGCUUACAACCAGGCAAAGGAAAAUCUGGAUGAUGUGAACCAAAAGAUCCGUGAUUUGAAGCAAAGCAUUGCUGUGAUUGAAGACCAAGUAUUUGCUGAUUUAAGCUCGCGAAUUGGUGUUGCCAAUAUUCGAGAAUAUGAAGCGGCGCAAUUUGGGGCAUCGGACGAAGUCCUUGAGCGUCGUGCUCAAUUUGCAGCCCAGCGUUCUCGACUAAACACCCAAUUGGCCUUUGAAGUCGAACAACUGAAUGAACUGAUUGAACGUCUCCAAAAGCUGCAAGUAACAUUCGACAAUGAUCAGGCGGCCGAAACGCGAUUGCAAGAAGAAUUGACCGGUUUAUCUGCUAAACAAGAGAAAAUCAAGUCGGAUAUUGAGGCGUACAAGGUGCAAUUGCAAGAACAAAAGGAAUUGGAGACCAAAAAACAAGAAGAAUUGGAUGAAAUUCGACGCACGCACGAAAGUAAAGGAAACCUUGUUGUCGCGUUUAUUAACGAAAAUGCGAAAUUCGAUGCUGAACUCGACAAGGUGCAUGCUGAACGAGUCGCGCUUUUCCGUAAAUGCAAACUGGAAGACAUCGAUCUGCCUCUACUAAGUGGUAACAUGGACGAUGUGCUCAUGGAUGACGAAAGUGAACUUAAUGACGGCGAUGCUAUGGAUUUGGACACGCCGUCCCAACGAUCAAUCCGAUCCACGGACUGGACGGUGGAAAUUGAUUUCUCAAGAUUGGGUCGUGAACAACGUGCUGACAAUAGCGCACGUCUUGAGAAGGAGUUCCAAGACGAAAUUAAGCGCCGUGGUGAAGAAAUCGAUCAAAUGGCGCCGAACCUCAAGGCCAUUGAUCGCUUGGAAGGCGUUGAACAGCGGUUACGAGAAGCCGAAGAGGCAUUUAAUGAAGCGAGAAAAACCACAAAGUUGGCCAAAGAAAGAUAUAGACGAUUUUAUGAUGCGUUCAGUCACAUCUCUGAGAAGAUUGAUCAGGUGUACAAGGAUCUCACAAAGAGUAUCACCUUCCCACUAGGUGGUACGGCGUACCUGAGUCUUGAAGAUUCCGAAGAACCGUAUUUGGAAGGCAUCAAGUAUCACGCCAUGCCGCCUAUGAAGCGGUUCAGAGACAUGGAGCAGUUGUCGGGUGGUGAAAGAAGUGUGGCGGCCUUGGCGCUUUUGUUUGCUAUCCACAGUUACCAACCGUCGCCGUUCUUUGUAUUGGAUGAAGUGGAUGCGGCUUUGGAUAACACCAACGUAGCCAAAGUGGCCAACUAUAUCCGCGAGCAUGCCAAUGCCAAUUUUCAAUUCAUUGUUAUUUCCCUCAAAAACACACUCUACGAAAAGGCUCAAAGUUUAGUGGGCAUCUACCGCGAUCAGGAGUUCCAUUCCAGCAAAACACUGACGCUCAAGCUCGAUCAAUAUCAGGAAUAA